AUGACUGAAUCUGUAAAUGCCACACCAAAGCGGAAGAGAGAGUCUGAUAUUUCUCCUUCGCCGCUAAAAUUUUCGUUCGAUCUCUCCGCGACCGGCCCACCGGAAGAUGGCAACAACAGCCCACACUCCUCAACCGUUGUACAUAGGUUUCGCGGUCUCGCUCUCGGCAGUGGGAGCAGAGUUGUCGAAGCUGCUGAUGAAAUGGACAUAGAGUUCGAUGAAGCUACCAGGAAACGCCACAGAUCAGACGAAGGUGCCCAUACUAUUGCAGAGAUGCAACCAGCCCUAAUCCCACAGCCAGAGCUAGCAUUACAGCCAGAGACAGAGCUGAAGCCAGAGAUGGGAACGGGCGAAGUGAUGGAAACGGCUCUUCACCCUUCGUUGCAGCUAGAGGUUCCACACCCGUCAACUGAAGGUCUACUCCAGAACACGUAUCCAUCCAUCAACCGCCUAUCCGAGUCCCAGUCUAGAAACAAGAGAGCCGGCACCCCGCCCCUGCGUUUCAAAAAGGGGCAUCCCCAUGAGGGACUGUCCGAGGCCGAUGAUGAAGCAGAGGUUGUAGAUCCUCUGCGAGCCUCGUUAACAUGGCAUGAGGACGAAAUCACUAUUUACGACCCGAAUGAUAAGGAUGACGACGGCACUGGCAUUAAUGGCAUUGGAUUUAAGCCCACUCCAGCGCUUGCUCAUGCACGGGUCAUGAAGAGGCGGCAGCAGAUGGCAGAAUACAGAAAACGAGAAGAGAACGAGGCAAGGAAUAAGAGGAGUCAGAGACGUCGAGGGGAUGUUGCUACACCCGCUAGGCGGGAUCACAAGUCUCUCCCCUCAAGGAAAGUCAGAUUUACAGAUGGCGAGAGCAGAAACCUUACAAUGACGGCAUGA